AAAAAAAAUUAAAAUUAAAUCCUAUUACUUAAUCUUAUAAAAAAAAAUGAAGAAUAUAAUUCUACUUAUUUUGCUUUCUAUCCUUGGAACAAAUGCAUUUUGUAUAUACAAUAACAUUGAAAAGGGCGCAGAUGGUACAGUUACAAAAUAUUGGUUAAGACAACAGCCUUAUAAUGCUGGUCCCAAUUAUUUCUCGCGUUUUGCAAAUUACAAUUUAGCCAAUGGCGAGAAAACAUGUUGUGCUUACACAAACACGGAUUGCUGUAGAUCUGGAAAAAUUGAUGAUGAACUCUACAUGGUUGCUGCAAGAACUACCGGCACUAUGACCUUCCCUCCUCUCGUUAUCAGUUUUCCCUCGGGUGGUUCGAUUGUGUUUAAUGGUGACGCAAAUCCAGCAACCGAGAAGAUCAAGGUCUACAACCCUGAUGGUUCACCUUAUGGCUUUAAAUUCAGAGUCGACGAUCAAGCUGGAUAUACAUAGGGAUUAUAUCUGAUUAGAAGAGAAAAAAGACUCUAUUCUUUAAUACUUAACUUAUUCUAUUUACUGUUAUAUUAAACUAUGAAUUAUACAUAGAUGAUUAUUUAUUUACUUGAUGUAAAAU